AUGAAUGAAAAUGGACAUCAUGCAGACAAUUCAAACGAUGAAUCAGGAAGCUUUACAAGAACAGGAAUGAAUUACAACGAGUUUCGAAGUGCAGCUCAAGAAAUAGUUGAUUAUAUAAUAAAUUAUCACCAAAAUCUAGAGGGAAAGCAAGCUUUUCCUUCAGUGAAGCCAGGUUUCCUAAGAAAGCUUCUGCCCUGGAAUCCGCCAGAGCAUGGUGGCCAAUGGGAAGAUUUACUUGAAGAUUUCGAUAAAAUCAUUAUGAAGGGAAUGACACAUUGGCAUUCGUCCAAGUUUUUCGCAUAUUUACCAACAGGAAAUAGCUAUCCAUCACUUCUAGCCACUAUGUUGGUUGAUGGAUGUGGAAGUCUAGCUUUCAGCUGGGCUACGAGUCCUUCUUGCACAGAACUAGAAACCAUGAUGUUGGACUGGCUGGCGAAAGCUAUAAACCUUCCUGCAUGUUUUAUUCAUGAUGGCGUUGGUCCUGGGUGCGGAGUGAUUCUAGGGUCAUGUAGCGAAGGUACAUUGAUGACGUUGUUGUCUGCAAGGAAUAAUGCGUUGAAGAAACUUCGCUUAAUAUAUCCUGAUGUCUCUCAGUAUGAACUUGCAUCACGAUUAGUUGCAUAUACUUCGGAAUACAGUCAUUCUUCGGUUGAGAGAGCAAGUUUAUUAGGAUUCACAAAACUUCAUAAAGUACCAGUGGAUGAAAUUGUUUCAAUGCGUGGGGAUGCUUUACAACGAGCAAUAAAAGAAGACAAGAAGGCUGGGAAAUUUCCUUUCUAUGUGUGUGCAACGCUGGGAACGACGUCAUGUGUUUCAUUCGACAACCUUGACGAAAUUGGACAAGUUUGUCAAGCAGAAGAUGUAUUUUGGUUGCAUGUUGAUGCCUCUUAUGCCGGAGGCAGCUUCAUUUGUCCGGAAUUUCGUCACCAUAUGAAAGGAAUAGAGUAUGCAGAUUCCAUCACAUGUAAUCCCCAAAAGUGCUUGAUGAUUAACCCUCAGUUUUCGGUUCUUUGGGUGAAAGAUAGAAAAACGUAUUCAGAACCUUUCAAAGUUGACCCGAGUUACGUUCGAAACGGGGAAGAGGACGUCGUAAUUGAUAAUCGGCACAUGGGUGUUGGAUUCGGGCGGCGAUUUCGUUCGCUCAAACCGUGGUUUGUUUUUCGUCUAAUUGGAAUCGAAGGUCUUCGCCACAGAGUAAGAGGAGACGUGAAAAUGGCCAAACUAUUUGAAUCUCUUGUCAAUACUGACGAUCGGUUUGAAGUUGUUUUUCCGGUGGAAUUGGGAGUUGUGUGUUUCCGACUGAUAAUUUACAAAAACGACACAGAGAAAAGUAACACAAUCAACAGACAGCUACUCAAGCAAAUCAAGGAUUCAAAAGAUGUCUUCUUGAUAUCAUCAGAAGUUGCAGAAACUUUUUUCUUCGAUUAUGCACCGGUUUUAAUGCGUGUAACGAAAACGCAAUCCAUAACUGCUGGAACGUCAUUUUAAAACACACUAAUUUAAUAUUGUAGGAUUUGUUCAAUGUACUAAAUAUUACAGAUUGCUAGAUUAGAGAUAGAGAAAUUGCUAUAUUCAAAUACGAGAAAAACAAAGUGAAUGAAUAUUUGAAUUAUACCUUGGAUCGUUAAAAAGGGAUAAUCAACAUAAUCAGAAGUGGAAAUGGAAUUUAAUACAAAGUAUAUUAGCAGUUAUUGCUGCGUGAUUAAAUUUGUUUUCAAUCAUAAAUAGCCCGACUGAGUUGAGAUGAAGAUAGAAAUAAAUUCAUUUUUCAGUAAUUAACGAACUAUAUAUGACGUUGCUGAAUACGUUUUUCUAUUUUUCACCCUAGUGGUAUAAAAGUAACUUUAUUAAGUAAUUAGUACUAUUUUUCUAAAUGCAUCAACAAUCCACGAUCUUAUUCCUGCAUAUCGACUUAAAAUUUGGAUUUUUCCUUGUAGUUGUGCUAGAUUAUAGUUGUUGAUGAAUUUUACUGCGCUCUUGUCAUUUCAGUCCAAGUUAAUAUUUAAUUCUUUUUCAAUUGUAUUUCAAAUAAGAGAUACUUGUUGAUAUUUUCAAAGUUUGCAAAGUCAUUAUUUUUAACAGCAAUUUCACUUUAUUUUAUAAAUGGCUUUCAAAAUUAAAUAAUCGCAUUUUUUAAUUAAAAUCUGCCAAACGUUACUUUUUGAAAGCGUGGUUGUUGUUUAGCAACGACGAAUUCGAGAAACCCAUUGGGUACAUGCAGAAAGAAUGACAUAUACGAAACCGCACUUUAUUGCCGUAUAAAAUUGGCAAAUUGCAACCCUGUACCCAAAAAAGUCUAAACCUAGACUCUAAGAAACUAUUACCGCCAAUCGCCCAACAUUACAUUUCACUACCAUGUGCCGGUGAUAUAGUUUAUAAUCAGUGUUUUAGUUUAUUGAACAUAAAAAGAGAGCACUAUGAAUCACCUGCGAAAUUUUUCUUUUUAAAUAAAUGUAAAC